AUGGAGACGAAAGAUACCCCCUUCCCGCCUGCUCACGAGGUGCCGCUACAUCGCAACGCACCCCUCGCUCCGACGCAGGAGCUCGCAUACCGCAAGAAAUGUAUAGCGCUGAAGCGAAGACUCGCCGAGAUCGAGGCAAAUAACGAUGCCACCCGAAAAAAGAUCAUCCUGGAAACACAACGAGUCCAGAAGAUGCGCCUCAACCGAACGAUCCUCCUGAACAAACUGCAGGACAUUAUGACUACCCCAGCCAAAAAGUUGACACCUGAACAACUCGAGAAGCUCGGCAUGAUGGCAAACGCCAAUGGCAACCUCGCAGAUUUUGCAGGCAGCGGAGUAGCGCCUGAGCUACAACACCGGAGACCCGACGGAGAAGGACUGCUGGACGACAGUUCAGACGAGACUGAUGAAGAUGAACCCGAGCCUUCGGAACGACCUGAACGGCGGCGAAGAGCCAACGCCUACCGCGAAACCGUGCUGAAUACCACCGCCCCGAGCGAGCCAGUGCCCAGUCUCUAUCAGCAACCAUCCUUGCCGAACCUCGCUCCCGCAAACUCCUUCUCCCCAGCACCACCGCACGAGACGGCGAUGCUCACAUCCUCGUUCCGCGUCAACUCUUCCACUCCGCAGGGGGGCCCGACUAGCAGGAUCCCGCCGCAGUAUCCAGAUGCAGGGUAUCCACAUUCAUCACCUAUGGGCAUCAAUCAGCAGCUAGGCAUGGCCUAUCAAUCCCCCAGUCAACCGCCAGCUCCCAGUAUCCCGUCCAGCGAUGUCAACGGUGUUACACGGGGCGUUCCCCAGCGGCCUGAACGACCUGAAGACCCUUACACGCAAUUUACUCUGCACAUGCGACCACAACUCGAAGCCGAUUAUCCGCCAGGCGAGAUCCCUGCCAAGAUCCAGUACGAGUGGGAGAAUCUGAGCGUCGACAACAGGAAGCUUUGGGAGGAUAGAUAUCUAGGUCAGAUGCAGGAGUACGAGACAGCAAUGGAUGCGUGGAAGAAGGCGAGGCGGGACGCACCAGGCGCCUUCCCCUAG